AUGGGCUUGGAGGUCUUUGAGAUCGACCUGACGACGCCGCAUCACGGCGUCUUCGUUGAUCGCUACUCCGUUCAGCGGGAGACGAACGGCGGGUGGGUGACGCUGCGCGCCCGCACUCCCCUUACUGCGGAGAACCACCAGUGGGCGGUGCGCAUUCUUGACCAGGGCGAGGGCAGCGACGGCUCCGGGCUGAUGCUCGGCCUCCUCCCGCAGCUCUCCCCGCAGCUCGCGGCCUCGAUGGAGAGCCGGUACAUCUCGGAGCUGGGCGGGUGGUGCCUCUCCCGUGCAGGGGACUCCUACGGCUCGUGGAAGUGUGAGAAGAUGCACUUUUUCACGGGUUGCGUUGUCGAGUUUGAUUGGGAUGCGACGACGGGGUCGCUGUACAUCGUCUGUGGCAAGCGACGUGCAACGGGGAUUAUUUCCGCCGCAACAGAGGCCCAGGCCCUUUACCCGGCUAUAUCCAUGUACUAUUUAAAUCAAAAAGUUGCGUUUGUAUAA